UCCCUUAGCUAGCUCCAAUGGCACCACCAAGUCCCACAAUUUCCUCUCUUCUUCAAUCUUUUCUCUUCUCCUCCCUACUCGUCCACCUCUUCAUCAUCUUCCCUUCUUCCGCUCAGCCAUCUUUCCGCCCCCACGCCCUCCUCCUCCCCAUUUCCAAAGACGCUUCCAGUCUCCAAUACUUGGCCCGCAUCAACCAACGCACGCCUCUUGUUCCCCUCCGCCUCGUCCUCGACCUCGGCGGCGAGUUCCUCUGGGUCGACUGCGACCAAAAUUACGUCUCUUCCUCCUACCGCCCUGCUCGUUGUCGCUCCGCCCAGUGCUCCCUGGCCAGGGCCAACGGCUGCGGCGACUGCUUCUCCGCCCCCCGCCCCGGCUGCAACAACAACACCUGCGGCCUCUUGCCCGGCAACCCUUUUAUCCGCACCGCCACCGGUGGCGAAGUCGCCGUAGACGUCCUGUCACUCCAGUCCACCGACGGUUCCAAUCCCGGGCGCGCCGUCACGGUGCCUCGGUUCAUCUUCUCCUGCGCUCCAACGUCCCUCUUGGAAGGCCUCGCCGCCGGAGCCACCGGCAUGGCCGGGCUCGGCCGCACCCGCAUUGCACUUCCCUCCCAGCUUGCUUCCGCCUUCAGCUUCCAUAGAAAAUUCGCGGUUUGUCUCUCGUCUUCGAGAUCGGCCGACGGCGUCGUAUUCUUCGGCGACGGCCCUUACAGGUUUCUUCUCAACGUCGACGCCUCCACAUCGCUCACCUACACACCUCUCUUCAUCAACCCGGUAAGCACCGCCCUAGCUUUUACUGCCGGUGAGCCCUCCGCAGAGUACUUCAUCGGCGUUAAGUCCAUCAAUAUCAACGACAAGGCGAUAAAUAUAAACGCGUCGCUGCUGUCCAUCAACGGCGAAGGCGUUGGGGGAACGAAGAUCAGCACCAUCAAUCCUUACACCGUCAUGGAAAGUUCUAUUUACAAAGCAUUCGCGGAGGCUUUUAUCGAGGCGGCGGCGGCCUGGAACAUAACAAGAGCUGCAUCGGUGGCGCCAUUUGGCGCGUGUUUCAGGUCGGAGAAUGUAGGGGCGACGCGGCUGGGGGCGGCGGUGCCGACCAUCGAUCUGGUUUUGCAGGGGGAGAGUGUGAAGUGGAGCAUCUUCGGGGCGAACUCGAUGGUGGACGUGAGGGAUGACGUGCUGUGUCUUGGAUUUGUGGAUGGAGGGUCGAACCCUAGAACUUCGAUCGUGAUCGGAGGGUACCAGCUUGAAGACAUUCUGCUGCAGUUCGAUCUUGCAGCGUCUAGGCUUGGGUUCAGUUCGACUCUGCUUGGCAGACGGACUACAUGUGCGAACUUCAACUUCACGUCCAACCCCAGCUAAAUCCAUGUUGGUUAAUUCUUCUAUUACAGAUUUGUAAUUUUAUGUGUUUCAAAGAGUGCGAAUAAAUUCAUGCCUCCGGAGAUGCAUGAAUGGGCCUUUAAAAUGUUAUUUGUUUUGUUGAUG